AUGCACAGCGUUCGCCAGUAUCCGAGCGUCUUCUGCGACGGGGCCGGCCACGCGUCCAUGAUGCUGAUCGGAGGCAUCCUCAUGACGCUGGUCGCCGGAUUUCUCGCCGCCUGCGCUUGGGCGGUGUGGCGCAUGCCAUACUGGACCCUCAAGCAGGCCAAGCGGCAUUACGUCGCCGCCUUCCGUUUCGUCAAGGAGGGCUAUCGACUGGAUUCCUGGUGGUACGGUGUGCCCGUGCUCCUCACGGGCCCUCUGCUGUCACUUCCUGGCCUGGUGGCCGCGGACGACCCUGCCUCACAGAUGGUGCUCACAACCUUGAUCCUCUUCGCACACUUGCUGCUGCUCUUACUGUGCUGGCCGUGGAAGGUCCCGGUGGUGAAUGUCAUUGAGACCGUUGCGGUCUCGGGCGCCCUCUUCUCAGCCAUCAGCGCCGGGUUCUUCCUUCCGCCUGGGUCUGGGACCUCCUUCUCAAGAGCCUUCGCCAUGCUCACCCGCACGGUGGUGGCGGGCGCCUUCUGCCUGGUUUCGGUGAUGUUCGUCUGCGGACUGAUCGAGUGCAAGUGUUACGGAAGGUCUCAGUGCAGGUUCGUGCCUCAAGUUCCACGUGUGCAGCAAGACUGCCUGUUGACAACCGGCAGCCGUUUUCUUCGCAGCAGGGAGCCAGGAACGAGCGAGGAGCCAUCCUAG